UCCCGUGCUCGCAUCGCCAUCUUGUUGCAAUCCUAUUUUUUUUCGUAUGCGAGGAUCUACUUUGGCGGAUUAAAAAAUACCCGUCUGCUUUCGGGAGAAACACAGGGGACGAGAAGCUGCGCCUGCGGGUGUGAACCGUGCACACGGCGCUACCUUCCGGGACACUACCUAACCCCCUCGGUCUUUUUCCUCCUUUCGUCCCGGGCCACCGGGUCGCCUGCCGUGAGGGUUUACGCGCAAUGAGCAUCGAUACACUUUUGGAGGCGGCCAGAUAUCUGGAAUGGCAAGCCCAGCAACAACAGAUCACACGUGAAGAGGAGCAGCGCAAUGACAAGGAGCUCAUCAAAAGGGAGGCGGAGUCGAGACGUGUGGAACUUGUGACCUCGUCGUCUCAGCCAAUCAGAACCAACCACAUCAAUUGGGGCGAUGAAACCCACCGUCAACAGCCGCAUCACCUUCCUGUCCCUCCACCCCCCUCUCUCCCACCUCCUCAAGUCCCCAUUGCUGUCAUCCCGAUGGUCCCAGUUGUCACUGCGACGCCCUCGGUCCCACGCCUUCCCCUUACAACACAAAUUGCUGCAGCGGCGACGUCCUUCAACGGCUCGCCGCCAGCCAAGAACGCUUCCUCCCCUCCACAGCAGCAGCAGCCGGCCCCUCACCUUUUGUGCAGCCCCCAGUUUAAGGUCGAGACUGCCCAAAUUAAGUUAGACAAUUCUCAGAUUAAGAUGGAGACUUCCCCAGUUAAGAUAGAAACUACCCCAAUUAAGGUAGAGACUGGUCCACAGCUGAUUGAUGCAAAGCCCAGCCAAUCACAGCCUCAGGUUCAGAUUCAGUACUCAGCCUCCAUCAGCACUAACGGCCCCAGCUCUCAACAUGCACUGGUUCCCCAUCAAGCUCCCCCUUCAUCUCAGCCGCGGCCUAAUGGGGUGACGAUGGAGGACCUGAGAGGGAUGGAAGGGAAGAGGAGACCAGGAGGAGCGGGGACCAGAGAGGUGCAUAAUAAGCUGGAGAAGAACAGGCGAGCGCACCUCAAAGAGUGUUUCGAGACGCUGAAGAAGAACGUUCCAAAUGUGGAUGAGAAGAAAACCUCCAACCUCAGUCUGCGGAGUGCUUUGCGUUACAUACAGACUCUGAAGCGUAAGGAGAAGGAGUUUGAGCACGAGAUGGAGCGUUUGGCCAGAGAGAAGAUCGCUACGCAGCAGCGGCUUGCCGAGCUGAAGAACGAGCUCAGCCAGUGCAUGGACGUCAUCGAGAUCGACAAAGUGCUCCGACAGACCAUCCAGCCGGAGGACGACCAGGCCUCCACAUCCACCGCCUCAGAAGGAGAAGACAACUUUGAGCAGGACAUUGACGAGGACGUCCCUGCCCCUGCAGCUCCCGCGUCCCUCCCCAAACCAACACCUCCCAUCUUACAAGCCCAGCAGCUCCUCACCCCUCACCUGUCAAUCCAGCACGCCACCCUGCCUCUUUCUGGAGUCCUGACCACGCCCUCCCCCUCUGCUCCCCCUCAUGCCAUCGCGCCUGCUCCAGCCCCAGCUCCGCCCCCUCCGCAGCCCGCCCAUCCUAUUCAGUCGCCAGCAAUGCAGGUCCAGCCCACCGUCAUCGCUCACGCCGCCGUCUCCCACCCUUCAGUCAUCCAGGCUGUCAAUCACGGCCUGCCAGCCAAUCACCUCAAGCACCUAACGCACAUCGCCCCGUCGCCUGGCCCCGCCGCUUCCAUCCCUCAGCCAAUCGCGGCAGCACCAGCUGCCGCCACUCACCAGCCGAUAGCCGCCCAGCCCAUCGGACACAUCACCGUCCACCCGGUGGCUCACCUGGGAGGUCCCCUGCCAUCCCACCUCCCGACUCUGUACCCCCAGGGCGUGUCUGUCUCCCAGCCCACCAUGGUGGGCCACAUCACCCACACCUUCACCCACCACACUCUGCCGCACGUCCAGGCGAAUCCUCAAGCCAACACUAACGGCCCCCAGGUGAACGGCGCGGCCGUGAUCAGCCAGGGGAGCCCAUCACUAGGGAAACCCACAGCAGUGCUGGCCCCUCACCCCCAGCUGGUCGGACAGGCUGCUGUCCUCAACCCUGUCACCAUGGUUACAGUCCCAACCUUCCCCGUCAAACUGGCCUGAAAGAAUAAAACAAAAAGUGAUGAUGGAACUCAGUCGAAGGAGAGAAAGAUUCAGAACUUCUGGAUGAUUUUUCACACUCCUAUCAAUAAUCAAUAGCAGAGAAUCUCUGACAGACACCUGAAAAUUUACACACACAAAAAAAAAACAUCAACUGUUUUGUCGGACAACUUGUGAUGAAUAUCUCCAGAGAUAUUUCGGUCGCAGCUCUGUUAGUUUGUGAACAAUAACAUAUAAGCAGAGUCGGUGGGUCAGGCCAUUGUUUGUGAAAAAAGACUGUGACAUUUGUCUGCGCUGCAAAGACAGGAACUCUGUUUUACCUUCCUUCUUGCCUUCUUCCCUCCUUCCUUUCCUUCCUUCCUCCUAUCCUUCCUUUACAACCAGAAGCACUAACAUAAUAAGCUCAGUUCACACUCAGGCAUCAAGGACUUACCUUAACUGUUCAUUCACUCAUCAAGGGAGAACGCACGAGAGAGAGAGAAAGCUGUGUGUGUCAGGCUGUUGUCAUGGCGAUGCAGUAUGUGCCCGGUUUUGUGUUCACAUAAUCAUGAUGUCACAUGGGACCUUCAGGUGGGAUAAUGUCACUGAGAUGUUUGAGAGCAGGAGGAGGGAGCUCCGCGUGGCGUCGACCGUUCACGAGGGCUGACAGCUGAAAGUAGUAGAUUCAAAUCGUCAGUUUGAAGUCACAUAAGACCGCUUUAAGCUGAACGCUGUUGCAGUGGCAGAGAGGAGGAGAGACUCUGAGUUAACAUUAUUUUCUCUCAUCUGCUUUGAUCUUAUGAAUUUACAGCUCACUGCAACUUAAUGCGACACAGUCUCAGGUUUUGUUUGAUAUUUAGUGUCAGUAAAAAUGGUUUUGUCCAUUUCCAAUCCCCUGCUAGGGCCAGGGGUGGACGAUAUGGCUCUAAAAGACAACCAUGAAAUGUUUGCCAUAACAAUAUUCUUGAUGAUAUGACAAAUCACCGAAAAAUAUUUUAUCAUUAAUUUCAAGAAAAUACAGUUGCUACAAAUAAGAGUUAUAGUUAUAAAAAAACAGAAUAAAGGUUUUUCAGUGCGGAGCCGGGCGAAAUCUCGCUUUCAGCCCUGCCUGGUGUUAUUGCCGUGCGUGUAACGGUAUGACAUCAUUAUGUCACCAAGUCAGAAUAUCGCCAUCAUCAUGCUAUGAAUUCUUGCAUCAUCAUAUUUAAAACUAUACAGGUAUCAUCUUGAAUGAUGUCAUACGGCACACCCCUAGUUAGGGCAUUUGGCUUUUUUACUAGAUUAUGUGUCACACUGAUCGACCGGUUAAACUCGUCCAAACUUCAGAGAAAUGAAUCAUCGGAUAUUUGUGUUGAACAGCCAAGUCUGAUUCAACUGAGUCAAAUACAGUGCUGAUGUAUACAUAAGUUUAUAAUCACCUGAAACAAAGAUUUGUUGUUUUUUGUUAGAAUAAAGCGCGUACGUCUGCAUACGGAGCAGGUCUUCUCCCACAGAGUCCACCAUGUUGCUCUAUAGUAGCCAAAAUUGAACAAACCACACACUGGCUCUAGAUAUGCAUGCAUUUCUUUCAUAUUUGCGUCGACCAUCGUAGUUCUACACAAUUGGCGCACUGGAGAAGUUUUCAUUCUGCAACCCCACUGCUGCAUGCCACUUAAUCAAACAAACUGGACCUUUAAUCCCUUUCCAUCUUCUUCAAAAUGAAGGUUUCUCACCCCUGCACUUGAUACCAAACACCUAACGAAUAGUUGAAGAAAAAAAAUGAGCAGUGCAGUGAUAAGACCAGCUCCAAUCUGAAGCUGUUAAUAAUAAUAAUGCUAAUAAUAAUGAAUACCUCGUUAAUCCAACAAUGGUAAAUAUAAAUAAAACCAAAGAAGGAAAAAGAAACAACCUCAGCAUCUCAAAAUGUGAAUUCUGUUUCUGAUAAUGUGUGCAAGUGUCCCACUCAGCUGUGGAUUUAUUUUAUCCACUUCCCGUUGUAGCUUUCAUUUUAGAGGGCGAUUCCAAAACAGUGGAAUGUCCCUUUUUUGAAAUAGGAACAACUCCAGAAGUGAGGGCGAGGGUUAAAGGUCAGUGGUUGUUUGGAUUGCUCAACAUACAGAAACAUCUGUUUUUACUGGCCUCGUGGAGAAGUCUCGAGGCGACCUGACCUUUGCCUGCUGGUUAUUGGGUUUCCUUGUAGGAAGUCGACCAAACUACAGUUAAAGGUGGAGCGACGCGUUUGAGAUGAGCAGUCGGAAAGCCCUUAAAAAGACUUGAGAGUUAAAUUUGGAAAACUAUUAUCAUAUAAAGAUGUCGCACUCCAGUUUCGGCAUGAUUAGCUGCCCCACAGUUAAAAGCUUGAUCAGAAGUAAAAGUUAUGUUUUGGAACCAAUCACGGCCUGUUAUAGAUCGUUUGGACGCAACUCUGAACAAGAGUCCACUUCUUAAGUUGUUAGCUUAUCUUAUCACAAACUCCUGAAAUUUUGGAGGUGAAUUUGGUUCAAAGACGGAAACGAUCCCCUUCAACUGCUCUCGAAACAUUCAGUGACAGCUUCUCCUCUGUGCAGAGCUUCAUCCUCCUCACUCUGAUGCAACAGCUCCCUCUGCUGCCUCGUACCAUCCACCCCUCGCUCUGACGUUACUCACACACACACACACACAACACACAACACAAACUUCCUGCACAGGCUUUUAAAACCGGCAAAAAAACAGUGGAAACAAAAGAACUUAACUCAGAAACGUAUGUUUAUAUGACAUACUACAUAAUGAAAAUCUCCAACUGCUGUGAGAAUAAGAAAAGCUACUAACGGGACUUUGAGUUUAAGGUCCAGUGUGUCAGAUUUGGGGGAUAUAUUGGCAGAAAUGGAAAAUGAUAUAAUAUGUUUGCUUCCUUUAGUGUAUAUUUUCCUGAAAAUAUGAAGCGUUAGGAUUUGUUACCUUUUAGAAUGAGCUGUUUAAGUCCUUUUGUAUGGAGAUGUUGUACCGCAACAAAUCAAAUGCUGUCUCUUGACUGGGCCGUGUGUGUUUUCACAUCAGCUACCGCAGUCAGCAGCCCCUCAGCGACAAGUAGCAUGAAAAAACAGAUUUAUAAGUGAAACUGCUUUAUUCAGUGUUUUUACCGACAUAAAUCGGUUAUUUCAGAGAGGAAGAGACCUCUGCCAAUAAUUUGGCUCCUGAACACCGAAGGAAUCCAAACCAGGGAAUUUCAUCUGAAAUUUUUACCCUCAGACGCCAAUAAAUCCCCCUAAAUCUCACACACCGCCUCUUAAAGAUUUUUUUGUGUGCCAAACAAGGAGAAAUAGGUU